CCGGACAACGUCACAUAUGGAUCCGCGCGGUUACUCAGUGCCAGCUGCCGCGGCCAACUUCUCAUGAUGCAUUGAUGGCAUGCUCCGAUUUUGAUUGACCAUCACUGAUCCUGCGAUUGUGACUUGUUGUCGACCACGCCCACGGACCACCCCGCUUUCGGUGCAGAUCUGUUCGCAUACUCUACUCGCACUACCGAAGACAUGCGAUUCAGUGUUCCUCGCUCGUCAUCGACCUCUCCGGGGAAACGGAGAACACCCCAACGGGCUCAACCAGCCCGCCGCAGCCAAUCCUCCUUCGGACUGGUCUCAUCUGACUCGGAAUCUGACCUCUCGGAUCGUGAAUCAGAUCCAGACUCAGUGGACUCGUUUCUCUAUGCCUCCGAGUCCGAGAUGCCCCAGCCACCCCUCCCCGUAAAUUCCCGUAAUAGAGCAAAAACGACACCGGAACAACAGCAGACAGAAGAUACCAUCGCUGCAAUACGACUUCGCACACGACAUCAUGACCCUUACGAGGAGUGGGAGAAGCAGACACGCAAGGAUGCGUUCGUGCGUGGUCGGAUCCCCUCUUUUCUGGCCCUUCAUUGACGACCACAUCUUUCUCCAGCGUACAGCGCGCAAGGAGCAGACUGCCCUGCUGCAGCAGAAUGCGGAUGAGCUGGAGAAGAGCAGGAUGGAGGAGCUGAGACAACUAGACGCGCUGCACGCGAUGCAGAUGGCGGAAGUCCAGAAACAGCUCGAAUCUCUUAAAUUCCAGGCGCAGAAGGAAGAUGACCGGCUGCGGCAAGCGUGGAAAGAACGUGACAGGAUGUUGUGGGCCCGAAUCGAUUCCGUCAUUGCGGUGGAGGAGAACAAGGUCCGUACGCGGUUAGACGCUGAGCGCAAGGCGAAGGAGGAGCUGGAUAGGAAGAAACAGGAGGAGGAAAUGCGUAAGCGAGAAGCGGCGGAGAAGCAGCGUAAAGAGGCUGAGGAGAGGAAGAAGCAGGCCGAGGACGAGGAGAAGAAACGCAAGGACGAGGAGCAAGUCCGUGCUCGGGAGGAGACAGAGAGGAGAACACGACUCAGUGCUGAAUCGUCAAGCAGGCAGGCCCUGGGCUUGACUGAUGCCGAAUCUGAAUGGAAGCAGGCUCGGGCAGUGUUAACUACCCUCAAGUCGGACUUCAUGAAACCGAUCAAAAGCGACAAGGCGAAGAGCACCGUUUGGGGGGAGUAUCGACGGAAGAUCACGCCCAAGAUCGGGCAAUUGACAAACGACCUCCAAGCCAUCACGCGAAUUACUGAUUUCAUUCAACAUCAAGUUCUCGCACCCCCACAACCAUUACCCCCAAUCCUUUACAAAGCGUUAUUGUCAUCAUUAUCGAAAGCCAUUCUUCUACAGGCCGAAACCGAAGUAACGGCCGAGAAGAAGGCAGCGAUCCCUCUCGCGCUGGCAUCCUUCAGGCUGUUGGAACAACUGGAGGCAUUCCCUGAAGUUUUCUUCGCACGGCUGUCCCACCGAUGUGGAAUCUGGUUGAUUCCAUGUCCCCUCCCAGAGAAAGACCACGACGGACGACCAUGGGCUGACAAAGUCGAGCGUCAGAAGAUGCAAGGUUUCCGACUGAGCUCAAGUGACGAUGCCGAGUCUUGGGAAAGCAUGCAGGAAUACUCUGACCGGAUAUCCGGGAUGAUGCGACUGUAUUUUCAUAUCAUCCGAGUUGUGCCGCAGAACAAGCCGCUGCACCCGUUAUUCCAGCUUCCGCGCUGUUGGCAGUGGCUCUCGAGGUUGUUGAACGAGCGGUCACUGUUGGAGUCGCCAGUGGCUGCGCAGCUGAUAUACACGCUUCUGGAUGUUAUGGGCUCGGACGCACUCCAGGUCUGGGGCCAGCAGUGGGCGAAGAUGCUCCAGCUCAUCUAUCAGGGCAUUACUGAAGGGUAUGCUCCUGGGAAACUUAUUGGCGGAACUUCUCCACUGGGCAUAGCUGCUCGUUCUCGUGUGCAGUCUGAGGUAGAGCGGAUCGUGGCCGGAAUCAAGUAGUCUGGCGUUUGACAGUUUAUUCUUCUUGUACUUGCUCUCGUCAUCUAUUGCAUCUAUUCGGAAUUGUCCAGUUUGAAUCAGAUUUCGCUCCAAAUGUGUGACAAGCGAACCGUGAAUAGGAUCGAUUCGAUUAGCUACAGUCAGUAACCCGCGACAAAUUCGAUCCCCCUAGUCGAAACAAAUCCAGUCGCCUGUUCCGCAUUCCUAUCCACAAACACAAGCUCCAGAUUCAGCCCGAUGUCGACAAGGUCCUGCAGCGAAGUGAACAUGUCGGAUCGCGGCAACCGGGUGAAUGUAGUUUUCACACGACGCAGAGUGGGACUCCUGCUCCUGAUCAAUUGGCAAAAUGACGAGUCAGACAGCGAGCAUUUCGACACCGUCAGGUCUCUGAGCAAGGGGCAUAGCUCGGGGUGCCAUUCGAGGAUGGAGAUCGAGGUCCCAAUGACGAGAUGCGUGGUCUUUGGAAACUGCGUGAGGAGAUCCAAAGUGACGUUUUCGUUGAUCCUGUAGUCCUGCACCACCAAGGUGAAGGAAUCGGGAGGGAUGGCAGUCCGCAGGACUUCGUACCAGGAGUCACGGGUGUUGUGCCGAACUUGCAGGUAAGCUAGCCGGGGCGCAUUGAUGUGUUUAAGAAACUCGGGAAAGUUGAUAUGGUAGCAUAGGUGGAGUAGAACCAGAUUCGGCAGACCAACGGCUUCCUUCGAGCCUAUGAAUGCCUCGUCGACGGUCGCCCUGACACUGCAUCGAACGAGAUUGGAACAUAGGCGGAGCAGACUCAAAAUCUGGUUUUGGUUCAGUCCCGAGUCCGCAGAAACAUCGUUGCGCUCGCUUCUGAAGCAGGAGAUAUUCAGCUCUGUCAGUGAAGCCCAGGGCAAUGAGAGGGUCGGGGCAGGUUGUGCCAUGGUCACAUAUAGCGACACAGUGUGCAAUCGGGAGGCGGCAAACAUGUGGAGGUCCCAUGCCACUAGCAAUCCCGGGCUCCCAGGACAGUGUAUCGCAACAUCCUCGAGAAGAGGAAACGCACUGGCGCCCAAUGCAAGAAUCGGGGCAAGUUCUUCGGUGAACGCACAAAGGUGAAGCUGUCGCAUACGACGAGUAAACGGGAGCAGCGCGAGGAUGGUCUUGGAACCUUCUAACGGGUUGCUGAGCGAGGUCUGGUACGGGACAGUCGUCACAGAUAUGUCCAACGGAAGCAUGCCCGACCUCGUCAGCCAUAUGUGGACCAGCGGUGCCAGCGCAACGUCGUACGACUGCGUGACAUGGGAAAUAGGGAUGUGCACUGACGUCCAGAGACGAGGGGUCUGGUGCGAUACGUCUCGCCAAUGCUUGCAUACGCGGCCGAGUAGUAGCGGGGCAUGAGCGGGGUCGAUCAACGCAUUGUGUAUGGUUGGCAGACACGCAACGAAGACGAGCUGCACUAUUUCGAUUGGAAGGCGUCGGAACGGGGAUAUCAGUGCUCUAUGAGCGUCGGCGAAGGACUUCAAGGGUUGUAUCUCAGUUUGUAGCUGAAGAAUCCUCUCCUGCAGUUUCUCGAUCUCUGCCAUGUUCCUUGACAUCACAGCCUCGGGACCGGCCAGAAGACCGUGUAUCGCAUCGAUUUCUCCAUCUGAAGGGACAUAGUUUGUGCCCAGUCGGGAGAGAAACGGCGAGUUAGUGACUGCCAUUGAUCAAGGCAGGGUACAUGAUUCUGAGGCCAGCUCCAGCAUGAUGAUUGAUUGCAUCGCCAAGCUUCCUUCUCUGAGCAUCAUCUUCCGGUCUCAGGACUCAGAGCACCCGUGUACAUCCCACGAGUCCCCGCCUUCAAUCGAACUGGAGAAUGAAGACAUAGGUUUUUCUCUGGUCGAACCAAUAGUCGCACUGUCCUAUUGCAAAGCCCAAGGGUCUUGACCCAGUCGGACUUAGCCUACGAGAGAGACCACACCUUUACGCCUCGAGCCUCAAGGCAUCAUGCUCCACAGGACGUCUUGCCCUCGAAACUGCAUAUGAAGACCCUCAGUUAGCAUUGGUGUGGGGCCUGGUAGAUUCGACAGCGGGUGGCGUAUUGUCCGUGUCAUUUCCUGAGCUGCGUGUGCCCGGGACAACUAUUCAUACUUCAAGGUUGCUCCCUUGUUAGAAGACCUUUGACAACUCCGGUUUGUAACUGGCGACUGUUGGCCACCUCCCGCGAAGUGUGGCCUGGUCCAACUGACGCGGUGCCUGUCGAAAACCAAUGAUAGUGGCGAAGAUCUUCCUGAUUCAGUAAUAUCCUUGGGCAUGCUCCAACUCCUCUUUGGAUAAUAUUUCCGUUGGAGACGGUCAGCUUGGCUCCAGCUUUCCCUGGUCUCUGGAUUCGUGCGCAGAGUUUCCCUGCGAGGACAAGCGCUGCCCGCACCUGUCGGUACUUUGGGUAGGGUAUAUAAGGAGGGACGAGCGUGCCAUGUCGAAACCAUCCAACUGCGCAUCCAACUGAAUCGACCAUGCACUUCUCAGUCUUUGUCACUCUCGCCUCCUGCAUUGGCGCUACUUUCGCUGCGCCCACUGUCCAGAGCCAGUCGACAAGAGUCAACUCUACCACCACAGUCACCAGCACCGGCCUCAGUGCCCAGGCGUCAACCAUCGUGUCCCAGCUCGUAAAGCUCAACGAACUCAACGCCCAAGUCGCGGCCUCCGGCUCCUCGGCCGUCAUCGACGGCGCAGUGGUCAACAUGAACGGGAUCAUCGACAAACUGCUCCCCUUCGGGUCAAGUGGGCUGCUCGGCGGGGGCAGCGGCGGAGUCUUGAGUGGUCUUGGUAGCAUUCUGAGCGGAAACGGGGGCCUUCUUAAGGGCCUUUCGAGCGGCGAUCCCAUCGGCGGCUUGCUCAGUGGUGCUCUGGGAGGCAACGGAGGCGGUCUGCUCGGUGGACUUUUGGGCGGAGGUGGUCUGCUCGGCGGUCUGCUCGGCGGUGGUCUCGGUGGAAUCCUUAGCGGCGGCAAUGGAGGCUUGCUUGGUGGGAUUUUAGGCGGUGGUGGAAACAGCGGCCUCUUGUCGGACGUGACGGGGCUGCUAGGCCAGUUCUCCAAUCUCAAUUCGCUCUGCAGUACGGAGCUGCUUGGAAAUGUUCUCGAAACUGUGCAGGAGCUGGUUCAGUCGUUGAACGGUGCUCUCGGAGAUGCGCAGAACUGCGGCGGCCAGUGCUUCAACGCAGAUGUCAAGGCGGACCUCGCAGGGAUCCUCCAAGCGAAUCUUCCCAAGCUGGCUCCAGUCGCUCUUCAUUGUCAGAUAUAUCUUCUCUUCCGAUUUCAACUUGACCAACGAUUUUCUAG